AUUCAAACUGCCCAAGAUCUUAGACCUCCUAACUUAAAGCACCAAGACCCAAGAGCCAAGAUGCCCUCUCCCGCUUAUCUCAUCUCCAAGGCUGGCGACCCAAUAUUUGCCCUUUUCAUUGGCAUUUCCGCCGCUGCAACGCGCAUUAACCGCGAAGAGAAAGAGAUGGGACGCAGCACGCAGCAAACCCUUGAUGCUGCCCGAAGGAGAUUGGGUUUUCCUGCAGACGGCGAGGAGCGGGUAGCCCGCAAGAACUGAAGACAGAGGAAGGAGGAGGCCCAACGCUCUACCAUGACGGUGCUUCACGACGAUGCUCCUUCCCUGGGCAAUGGAUAAAGCGCCCUAGGAGUGCCUUUGUUAUGAUCUUCUCCCAGCACUAUGCAUCCAUCUUCAUCACACUCAUACACAAUCACACUUCAUUGCCCCAAAGCAGUUCAAACAUCAAGCAAAGAACCCAUUCUGCUACAUUGUGCCAAUCCAAACCCACCAUCGAUCAAAGAACCACCACAACCUCAUUGUCUCGCGCCUCAGUCAAGCUUCGAGCGGAGACCGCAUCCAAAGUGCAUCGUCCCAACACAUCACGACUUAAGCAAGCCACCGCUGCAAUCUCAGUGUCUCGCGACACCAUUCAGGCGUCUCGCAGAGACUCACCACAACCUCUACAACCUCUCUCCUCCAGUAUAUUCCUGCUUUAGAGCAGACUCCGAGACUAUGAUCAUGUCUCGACACACUUUUACUCCUCAACUGCGGUCUGCUACAGCCCCCAUUCCCAUCAACCUGCCCAGCGAUCAACAGCCUACCGCUGCCGCCAUGCCCCACCAUAGGGCCGUCAUCGAACAGCAGGCUCGCAUCGCCUUCUUGAAUGGCAAUGGUGUCUUGUGGGAGCUGGUCGUCAGCAAGCUCCAGGACUUCCUUGUCCACCCAAUGGACAUGACUGAACGAGAGUUCGUCGAUUUUGUGCUCCAUCCAAAUGUUCCUGCCUGGCUUGAUGCCAAUCUUGAAACCUUGGCUCAUCGAGCUCUUUCCCGGAGGAUGCAGCUGCACCUUCGUAUGGCUCAAAUCGGCAUCUCGCCGAGAUUGGCAUCUGCGUUGGACAUGCGUGGAGUAGCCAGUGAUAGAGACCGCGUGUCGUUUAUCAACGAAUAUCAUGCGAAGCAUGCAAUCAAUGCCCUAAGAGGUCUGGGUAUUCGGGGCGUAACUAAUGACGAGGCCGAAAAGUUCGCUCGUAUGAACAUGACCGAUCAGAGUCGGUUUGUCCUCAACCGAAUGUCGAAUGCUCACCCCCAUCCCACAGAGGGAAAUGGUACCACAGAUGCUGGUCCAUCCACCACAGCCGGUCUAUCCACCACCGCCGGUCCAUCUACCACCGCCAGUCCAGCUACCACCGCCUCCCAAGGCGAGGUUCGUCAUAACUCGGCCCGGAGGUCCGAAACACCUACCCUUAAAUCAUGCCUUAGAAAGGGGUCGGCCUAUGAUGAACCCAGUGCCCAGCAAGUCUCGACUGCCCCUGCUCGCCCUCGCAGGAAUGUCACAUGGAAUUAUGAAGUUACCGCAGUCGCCCACCCGAGAGACGCAGCAAGGGCUGCAAAAUUGGCUCUCAAGGAAGCAGCAAAGGCUGCCAAAUUGGCCCACAAGGAAGCAGCAAAGGCUGCAAGACUGGCUCGCGAGAAUUCACGCAAGUCGUCUGAGUCGUUGGAGAAGCCAAGCGUCUUCGCAGCGAUUGUGGUAGCCUUUAGGAGCGACCCCCCUGAACGUGUCCAUCAUGUAGUCGAAAGGCCUCGCGUGAAACGACCCCUCGGCCGGUCUAUCGUGAAGACCUACAGCGCCGCUUGGGCGGCUUUCAAAGAGCCGCAGCGCCUUGGUCCCGUUCCCACCGAAAGGUGUGGAGACUAAAGGAGAUUUUGGAUGAGUGCGCUGUUUGCAUUUUUGGUGGGGGCGUUUUUGUUUUCUUGAAAAGGAUGAAAGAAGAAGAAAAAAAUAACAAAAGAAAAAAGAAUUAAAAAUAUAAAAAUAUAAAAAGAAAGGCC